GAUAUAUCGGAUUUAACUUUUAUUUUUUGUGACACUUUUAUGACAUUUCUCGAUGAUUUUCUUUACCGUUUGCACAACAGCUGGCCAUUUUAAUAUUUUUUCACCACAGCUUUCCAUUAUUUCUUUUGACUGUGCUCAAAGAUUACAUUGAAUGGGUAAUUUUAGUUCAACAUUUGUGUAUGUUUUUAUAGUUAUUUGAAUUUUGUGAAAUUUUAUUAAUAUUUUAGUUAGGCUUCUUUUAGUUAAUCAUAAUGGCAUAGUUAAAUAGAAUACAAGUAUCACGCAUAAUAAUUCACGUAGAGUCUAUAAGCAAAAUAUAGCACAAGAACUAUUUUAAACUAAAUCGUUUGUAACCAGAAUCCACAAUAUAGAAAUUAGAAAUAUGCAUAAACACUUCUUGCGUUUGGCAGAUAAGAUAAAAACAAACUCUGCGCUUAUGAUUAGUAAUAAAUAAUAAGACAAAUUAAAGAUUGCUGUGGUACAGCCAACCUAAAAGCGUUACACAAAAGCAAACAUGUCCGAAAUUGGUGAUCUAAAUGCUACCAAAGAGGCCGCAACACGGGAAUGGAUAGAGCAACAGAAACAACUCGGCCACUCUGAAAUAGAAGAGGAUGAAAUUUCGUCUAUAGCGGAAUCCUCAAUAAUUUCCAGCAGUGAUGGCGAUUACGAAACAGAAGCUGAAGAGGAUUUUGAUCUAACAAAUAAUACAUUAACCACUACAGUAUUGGGUAGUCAGUAUACGCCCACUGAUAUGUCGGUAGUAAUAGAAAAUCUUCGACAGUUACUGAAUUCUAUAAAUAGUGUUCAGACGUUGGAAAAUGUACAUAUUGAAAAUUCUUCAAAUGUUUCGAUCGGCAACGUCACAAACAUUAAUGGCAAUAUACAGAUAAUACAGCGCAUUAAAAAGCAACUGCCACUUACGAGGCGACAAACUUCUAGCACCAAAAAUAAUAAUGAAUCGCCAAUAACACCCGUUAGCGAGGAGCAAGAGGAGCGUGUCAAACGGGAUGCAUUUAUCGAUCGCAUAAAAUAUAAAAUACCCAAAGAGCUUUGUGCCGUCAUUCCACGGAGCACUUGGCUUGCCCAAAAGCCCAUGGAGGAUUACGAUUACAUAGAAGAGUCGGUAAAGUUAGUGAUUGUAUCACAUACCGCGACAGAGAGCUCGGAGAAGCAAGCGAUAAAUAUACGCAUAAUUCGAGACAUACAGUGCUUUCACAUCGAAUCACGCGAAUGGAACGACAUCGCCUACAACUUUCUGGUCGGUUGUGAUGGCAAUGUUUACGAAGGUCGCGGAUGGGGUGUGGUGGGUGCCCACACAAUUGGCUACAAUUCAAAAUCCAUGGGUAUUUCAUUUAUUGGUUGCUUCAUGCGACAAUUACCCACCGAAGCUGCAUUGAAUGCUUGCAAAAACUUUUUGAAGAGAGGUGUUGAGGAAGGCCGUUUGGCACCAGAUUACAAACUUAUUGCGCAUUGUCAGUGUCGUUCGACAGAGAGCCCUGGUCGUAAACUAUAUGAAGAGUUGCAAACUUGGAAUCAUUUUUACAAUAUCGGUGAAGAGGAGGACAAUGAAUAGUAUGCGAUAUGGCAACAUAAAUUUAAGAAACCAAACAAACUUCAGAGCUGUGCACGUUACUACUAAUUGCCAGAAUGGAAUUAAAUAAUAGUAUUCUCUCUAUCACUAUAAGCUUUAAAUAUUAUUGAUAUAUGCUAAUAACCAUUUACAUAUAAUGCAUUUCAUGUAUCUAAGAUUUUUUUAAUAUAAUAAAAAAUACGUUUGUUUUAA